UCAACAAUUUGUCUCUGUUUUUGUUGGUUGAAUUUUCUUGGUUUUGGUUAAUUUAAUUGUUCUUUGAUUUAAUUGAUUUUUUUUGUGUUUCGAAUUGAAUUAAAUUGUGUCAUAAUCAUGCCUAUUGAAGAUUUAGCUGAGGAAAGUCUUGCCAAGAACCCGAAUCUUGAAUUGGCUCAGUAUUUGUUCACCUUGACCACUGAGUCUCGCAAUGAUGAUGCAAAAUUAAUCGGUUUGUUGAUGGAAUCAAUUAAGGAAAAUAAUAUGGCUCCUUUUUAUGAACAGGUUUAUACUACUUUGAACAAGCCGAUUGACAAGCAAUUGUUGGAGCAUAUGAGAGCCGAAAAUCAAAAGCAAUUGAAAAAACUGGAGGAGGCUAUUGAAGAUGCGAAUAAAAAUCUGGGAGAAAUGGAGGUUCGAGAAGCCAAUUUAGCUAAAGCUGAAUAUCUUAGUUUGAUUGGUGAUAGAGAAAAUGCUUUGGAAGCUUUUAAAAUUACUUAUGAUAAAACGGUUUCUCUUGGUCACCGUUUGGAUUUACUUUUCCAUAUUAUUAGAAUUGGUUUAUUCUAUCUUGAUCAUGAUUUAGUCUCUCAAAACAUUGAAAAGGCUAAAACUCUCAUUGAAGAAGGUGGAGAUUGGGAUCGACGAAAUAGAUUACGAGUUUAUCAGGGAUUAUACUGUAUGGCAAUUAGAGAUUUCAAGACAGCAGCUCAACUCUUCUUAGACACUGUUUCAACUUUCACUUGUUAUGAACUUUGUGAUUACAAGACAUUUGUCACCUACACUGUUCUAUGUAGUUUAAUCUCAUUGGAACGAGUUGAUCUCAGAGAAAAAGUUAUCAAAGGAGCCGAGAUUCUAGAAGUUCUUCACAGUGUUCCCAACAUCCAAGAAUUACUUUUCUCUCUCUACAAUUGUCGUUAUGCUGAUUUCUUUCGUAAACUUGCCUGGGUAGAAGAUUACAUGAAAAUCGAUCGAUUCUUUGCUCCUCAUUGUCGCUAUUUCAUUCGUGAGAUGAGAAUCUUGGCCUACAAUCAACUUCUCGAGUCGUACCGAAGUUUAACUCUCCAAUAUAUGGCAAAUGCUUUCGGUGUUGACAUUUCGUACGUUGACACUGAACUCGCAAGAUUCAUCGCCGCAGGUCGACUUCACUGUAAGAUCGAUAAAGUAAACGGAAUCGUUGAGACCAAUCGACCGGACACAAAGAACUACCAAUAUCAAUCUUGUAUCAAACAAGGAGACAUUUUACUGAAUCGAAUUCAAAAACUCAGUCGGGUAAUCAACAUUUAAGAAUCAAUUUCUAUUUGUAAUGUCAUUUUUUUUACCAUUAACAAACAGUCAGGAUUAGAAUAACAUUGAAACAAUUAUAACACGAAGAUUGUAAAAUCUACUCUAAUAAUAAUUGGAAAACAAAAGAGAAAAAAAAUAAUCAACAAGUUAAAUUGUCUCGUUAGAAAUUUUUUAUUUUUCUCGAAGACUUUGAUUGGAUAAUAAAAUUGUGUGGAAAUGUAA